AUGGCAGAGAAUGGCACCAUGGUUACGGGAUUUGUUCUGGUGGGGUUCCAGCUGCAGGCAGAGCUGCAGAUGGGUCUCUUCUUUGUGUUUCUGGCCCUUUAUCUCAUCACCAUGGGGAGCAACCUCGGCAUGAUCGUGCUAAUUCAGAGCGACCCUCGGCUCCAGACUCCCAUGUACUUCUUCCUCAGCCAUCUUUCCUUCCUGGACAUUUGCUACUCUUCUGUUAUUGUUCCUCAGUUGCUUGCAACUUUGAGGACAGAUAAGAAGGUCAUCACCUAUGAGCGCUGUGCCAGCCAGUUCUUCUUUUUCACCCUCUGUGCUAGCACUGAAUGUCUCCUUUUGGCUGCGAUGGCCUAUGACCGCUAUGUGGCUGUGUGUAACCCCCUGCUCUAUGCCACGGCCAUGACACCACACACUCGCCUGGGGCUGGUGGCUGGGGCAUAUGCUGGUGCCGUGGUCAAUUCCGUGGUCCGCACUGGGUGUACGUUCUCCAUCUCCUUCUGCAAGUCCAGUCGCGUAGAUUUCUUCUUUUGUGACCUCCCACCCCUGUUGAAGCUUGCCUGUAGUGAAACUAGGCCACAGGAGCAGGUAAUCUACAUCUUAGCUUUCUUCCUCAUCACAACCAGCAUUUCAGUGAUUCUUAUAUCCUACCUAUUCAUCAUUCGGGCUAUUCUGAAGGUUCGUGCAGCAGGUGGCAAAGCUAAGACCUUCUCCACCUGUGCGUCUCACAUGGCUGCAGUGGCUCUUUUCUUUGGGACACUCAUAUUCAUAUACCUGAAAGGUAACAUGGGCAGAUCCCUUGGGGAAGACAAGAUUGUGUCGGUAUUUUAUACUGUGGUUAUUCCCAUGCUAAACCCAAUCAUCUACAGCCUGAGAAACAAAGAAGUAAAGGAGGCUAUGAAGAAAAUUUUCAGCAGGAUGAGGGUUUCCCAAGCAGAGUAA